AUGGACAUUAAAACCACACCGCCACCAAAUCAAACAUCAGCAACGACGGUAACUUCAAAUUCCGUAUCCGGUGUUACAUCGCCGCCAACAACUCCACCAUCACCAAUGGCCGCCGCCUCAUCGGUUGCCGCUUCUAUAACCACCGGCCUAACGGAUGUUCAAAAACAAACUUUUCAACAUAUUUUUGAAAAACUAGUUGCAAAUAGCGGUGGCUCGGCCAAAGUGCCUCCCAAACAAUAUGAAUAUUUUCGCAAUCUAUUGGAAAAUGUACGCGACCCGAAGAAUAUUCAAUUGAUUGUGGAGAAAUUUAAAAAUCUCGAACAUAUGGAGGGACAUUUUGUGCAACAAAAUGGAAAUAAAAAUGCCGUUAUGAGUGAAGAUGAGGAAUUAUCGCACAAGGAUAAUGUACGCAAAUAUGGCAAUACAAAUCAAACCCUAACACCACGCCACACCAUCGAUGCCAUAUUGGGUUUGAAAAAUCGCCAGCAUAUUAGCAGUAAUGAUUCCGAUGACGCCACCGAUCUUCGUUGUGCCGCCACCAAAACAUUGGCACAAUUGCGCAACAUGGAUAAUCACAUGGCCACAUUAAUGCAACAACAUCAACAACGCAACAACAAUGGCAAUUUUUCCCUACCCUCACCUAAUGGGGCUACUGGUGCCUCACAUCCAAGUUCACUGACUGCUGCAGCUGCCAUGUAUUUAGCUCCACCACCUCCACAUCUACAUCAUUCACAGCAAUCACAUCUCAGCUAUCACAAUACAACUCCCAAUCAUCAUCACAAUGCUGCUCACCUGCAUCAUGCGAAUCUAGGUUCAUAUAGUGGCAGUUCUCCUGCAGAUAAUAGAGAUGAUUUUAAUGGCCUCAGUGGCAGCAGUCGUCUGGGCAGCCCCUCCGCCCACAUGGCCACAAGUAAUGAUUAUUUGAAUUCAAUGCAUCAAAUGGUCGAGGCUAAUAAUUUAUUGAGCAGCAAUGAUCUGAAUUCGCAUGCCAUGACGCCUCAGACGACACCGCCAACACCUCCCUCCGGCAGUGUCUAUCACAGUCAUCAACAACAUUUGGCUGCAUUGGCGGCCCAUGCUCAGGCCCAACAUGAUCACAAAAUUGCCAAGUCAUCUGGUGGCGGCUCUUCAUCAGCGACAUCCUCCUCUGUUACGGCGGUGAGUUCAGCAACAGCUGCGGCAGCAGUAAUGGUAGCCUCGACAAUGGCUAAUCAAAUGUCGGCAGCGGCGGCUUCCUCUUUCUACAGUGCUAAUGGUGGAGCUGGCAGUGGUGGUGGCGUCACCAAUCUACACGAAUACGAUGAGCGUUCAAUGUCUUCACUAUCGAAUGGAGGAGAAAUUGAUGCUGAUAUAACCGACGAUGAGGAGCCACACGAUCACAAUGAUAGCCAUAACAUUGAUGUUACCUCCUCUUCACCACAAUCACCACAAAUGACUGCGGCAAUGCAUAAUUUUGGCAAUGGUUCAGGUUUAAAGAGGAAAUCUAAUUCAUCGAUCUCAAAUUACUGUGAUGAUAUGAAUUCUCUGACAAAUAAUAACAAUAACAACAAUACGAAUGAUGCCGAGAAUUUUUCGAAGUCCCUUAUGAAUGGUAAUGACGGAGGUGGUUAUUCUAUGAAAUCACAAUUUGAUGGUUCUGUCCGGCCUCGAUCAUUAGAAGAUAUGCAAAAUCAAAAUUUCCCAGUUAAUGGAAAUUUUGAUCAACACAACAAUUCAUCGGCGGGACAUCUAUCGGGUCAUUCUCAGCAGCAACAAAAACAUUUGGAGGAAUAUGGUCGUAGUAUGUCAGCAAUGGCGUCUGGUGGCCAAGGUGCUGCUAUGAAUGGUUCUAAUACUGAUCAAUCGGAUCGUUUGAAUGAUAAUGAUAGUUUAAUGAAUGGUAGUUGUGCCUCCAGUGAAGAUCUCAAUCAAACGAAUUCGAGUGAACAGGGUGAAAAAAUCACUUCGGGAAGUGAUGAUGAAGGCCAGGAUGAUAACUGUUCCAAGAAAAAACAUCGCCGCAAUCGCACCACAUUCACCACCUAUCAACUGCAUGAAUUGGAGCGAGCUUUUGAAAAAUCCCAUUAUCCCGAUGUAUAUUCCCGUGAAGAGCUGGCCAUGAAAGUUAAUUUGCCCGAAGUUCGUGUACAGGUCUGGUUUCAAAAUCGUCGGGCCAAAUGGAGGCGUCAAGAGAAAUCUGAAAGUCUACGAUUGGGUUUGACACAUUUCACACAACUGCCGCAUCGCUUGGGCUGUGGACCCUCCGGCUUACCCGUUGAUCCAUGGCUAUCACCACCUUUACUAUCCGCAUUACCAGGAUUCCUUUCGCAUCCACAAAAUGUCUAUCCCAGCUAUCUGACACCACCGCUAAGUUUGGCACCCUCAAAUCUAGCCAUGAGCAGUUUAGCUGCCAUGGGUCAUCAUGGUCCCAGCAUGCACGGUCCACCGCCACCACCACCCUCUGGACAUCAAGGACAUGGUUUACCUCCAAUGGGGGCGGCGGGUAAUGGCCAUGGUGGUCAUCCACAUAUGUCACUGGCACACUUAUCGCCCCACUUGUCACGAAUGUCACCACAGACAUUGGCCUCAAUGCAGCCACAAAUAACUGUGGCCAAUUCGCUAUCUUCAACUUCCACCUCAUCAUCAAAUGCCUCGGCUACCAACUCACCACUUACCGGAUUACCGCCGCCCUCGUCAUCAUCAUUAUCAGGUACAGUAUCCACCUCGUCAUCGCUAAGUGCUAAUACCGCCAACCAAUCCGCAUUGUCACCACAAAAUCUCAGUACUAAUGGUGGUGACAAUGACACGACCACGAAAUGUUCACCAUCUGUUGUUAACAUUGAGGUUGUAGAUGUGGGUCGUGAAAGUCCCAUACCUCCCAUUACGAAUAAUAGUAAUGGUUCCGGCGCAGCAAGUAAUGCAAAUUCGAAUUCAAAUUCCUCGACCACCUCGGCAACAAUAUCACCCACCAGCAGCUCAGUAACAAGUCAACAGCAAUCGCAACCAGCACAACCCACAGAUAUACGUUCAAAUUCCAUUGCCACUCUGAGAAUUAAGGCUAAGGAACAUCUAGAGAAUAUUAAUAAAAGUUUGACCAUGGUCUAG